AUGUUACACAAAAGAGGAAUUAAUAACAACACUAAUACUAACAAUAACAAUACUAAUAGUAGUAGUGGUAGUAGUAGGAACACUUCAAUUAAAGAAGAAAAUGAACCAUGUGAAUUACAUGAACAAUUGAACUGUAGUCUCUGUAUGGGAGAUAAAAUGUGUUCAAUUGAUCGUUGUGUAAGUGGGGAAAAAGAUAAACUAACAUAUAGAAAAGAAACAGGGUACAGUAAAUGUAGGUACCAUUUGAACACAAGCGAUAAUAGUAGCAUUCUAAAGAGAUCAAUUUCAAGUAAUGCAGUGAAUAACGUUAAAAAAAGAGCCUCGUUAUCUUUCUCUGCCACAAAUUUGCACAGAACUCUAUCACAAUCAAGUUGUUACAGUACUGGUAGUACACAGUCUGCGCCAAUUGAAUUACAAGAAGAAUUAUUCAAUGAAUUCUUCAAUUAUGUCACACGUAAAGAACAAUAUAAUAAAGUUAAUAAUAUUUGGGAAAUAUUACCAAGAGAGACAAAGGACAUGUUUAUUAAAAGGGUACUAGCUAAGAAAAAGAAAUUAAAUAAUGAAAGAAAGUUGGUUUAUAAUGAUUUGAGAAAUGUCUUGAUUAUGAGAGAUGAGUUUAAUUUAUAUGCUGACAAUGAUAGAUCUGAUUCUAUUCACAUAUUAGAUAAUAAUAAUAAUAAUAAUAAUAAUAAUAAUAAUAAUAAUAGAAGUGGUUGUAGUGGUGAUAGUAGUAUUAAAACUAAUAAUGAUAAUAAUACUCAAACCAAAAGAGAUUCUAGUAGAAGGAAAAAGGAUUUUUCUUAUUUCUCUCAAAGGGAACAAAUUCUGUCUCAAAUUAUCGGUGAACUUUUUGAAGAAGUAAGUAAAAGAGAAAUCCAAUAUUUAAGAGAUGAUCAAUCGAUUGGAAAUCAAAUAAAUGAAUCAUCUAUAGAAUUAAAAAAUAAUAGUUACAAAAGAAAAAAGGCAUCAUGGAAUGUUCAAGCUAGUAUAAAGAGUAAAUUAUCAUCAAGAGAAUCACCAGAAUCAUUGUUAUUAGAAGAUAAUACCACAAUGGAAAAGAUACGCCUUUGGAGAGACCGUCAAGAGAUUAAUGAUAAAAUAAGUGAACUAAAUCGAUUAAUUGAAAGAUAUGAACAAUUAUCCCCAUUGCAUACGCCCAUCAGUAGCAGUAUAAAAAGUAAGCCUGAUGAAGGAGGUAGUACUUCAAAACAAAUUAACAACAUAACCACAAACGAGAAUUCUCAUAAAAUCUUUGAUAUCUUUACCUCUAAAUCUAAAAAGUUUAUUAGGAUGUUUAAACAUAAAAAGAAAUCCUCCAAAUUUGAUUUGUACAGGAAACCAAACCCAAAUGUCCAGCAGUUGACAGUGGGGCUAAAGGAACUCAAAGAGAAAUAA